AGUUUCAGUUCGUGCGCACGGGCCAAACAGUCGACACAGUUUUGUGGCAUUCUCUAUUAAGCUCAGAUCUGAGUCCGGAGUAUUGAAAGCAAGCAUCGCGCAGUUUGCAGCCGUCGGUCGUCGUUGUUGUCGUGGUCGGAAUUGUUGUUGGUGUCGACGUUGUUUUUGUUGCCGUCGCAGUUGUCGUGCGUGUGUGUGUGUGCCUGGAAUCGCUCAAGCGGGAGUUGGCUGCUACAGAGGCUUCUCUACUCUUCUUCUCUCAGCCUCCAGCAUACGUCUCGCCUAAGCUCUCGCUUAAACAUCAACAGGACCUCGACGCCUUCCCUAUUUAAAUAUUCAAUAAGCUCGCUUGCAACGCGUGCUUAACACUUAACAGCCCGAGUUUUAAAAAAACAGCCGCAAAAUUUCGAAAACAUCGAAAAUGGUCUUUGACUGUGGCGUCUGGUGUGCAAAGUAUUUGCUUUGCAUACUAAACUUCAUAUUUUUUGUGCUAGGCACAAUUAUAUUCGGAGUCGGACUAUGGCUGGCCAUCGACAAGCACUCGCUGAUUGCUCUGCUCAAGCUUGUCGAGAGCGAGCGCAUUGAGCAUUUUACACAGCCUCAGGUCAUAGAGCAAAUGGCCUACGCUCUUCUCGUCAUCGGAGCCGUCAUGUUCUUCAUGAGCCUCUUGGGCUAUUUGGGCGCCAUGCGUGAAUCACGCUGCCUGCUGUCAACGUACGGCACGUUCCUCAUACUGCUGCUGGUGGCGGAGCUCGUGGCCGGCGGCCUGGCUGUCUUCUACAAGGAAAAGGUGCGCAGCGAGAGCAAAAAGUUCCUCCAGACGACAAUCACCAGCUAUACGCUGGGCGAGAACAUGGAUGCCACGUCGCUGAUGUGGAAUCAGCUGAUGGGCAACUUUGGCUGCUGCGGCAUCAAUGACUAUCAUGACUUUGACGAGUCCGAGGCGUGGAAGAACACAAAGGGCAAUCGCACCAUACCGGAGGCCUGUUGCGUCCUGAAGGAUGUCGCGCAAAUGGUGCCGCGCGACGAGGACUGCACGACCAAUCCCAGCGAUGCCAACAGCUACUACAAGAACGGCUGCUACGGGGUCUUCACCGAGUGGUUGAUACGACAGCGCGAGCUCAUCAUUGGCGUCAUUGUGGCCGGCAUUGUGCACCUGAUCCUGGUCAUACUCGCCUUUGCGCUGUGCAAGGCAUUUGCCAAAUACGACGAUAUGCGUCUGUAAAGAGGUUUUCUUCUCAUUUAGAUUAGCCAAAAAAGAAAG